UCAAAUGUUCAACUCCUCCUCCUCGCCACUCUAAGCGCAUCUGCAAGCUUUGGAAGUCGGAACAGAGCGAUGUGAGUUUGCGUGGAGAACAAAGCAAUACGUUUAGGUUUUAAUUUGGUGUGAUUUUUACCUACUUAAAAAGUUUUAUUUUUAACGGACAAAUGAUAGAGCACGGAAAUUAAAAUAUUGGUUGUUAUAAGUCCUUAUAGAUUGCUGAAUAAAUUAUAUAAUGGGCACGCGUAAAUUUGGUACGUUUUACGCCUGUGCACAUGUAUGUUUAUUCGUUUGUUUUCUGCAAGUUGUUGAAUCUCAGCGACAUCCACCAGAUACAAGACCAGUAAACAAUCAAGCGGCAGGUACAUUACGUCAAACAAUUCAGUGGGCGCACAAUGGUAAAGUUUUUAGCCUUCUGAGUCACGGUUCGGAAUAUCGACCACCAAAGCAAAGGGGCGCGGAGCAAGCUCAGGAGAGACCUGUCACCAUCAUUAGCGAUAGCGAAGCCAAGAAGCCCUCUGCCCUAUCCAGACAGUCUCCCACAUCUACCCAAGCAGUGUCCGGCACAGGAGCUGGCGUGCGGUGGCUACCACCUCAAGUUCCAAGGCCCCAGAGGGGACAAGGGCACCAGAAUCAGGAUUCUCGUUCAAGUGGCCAUGCAGAAACUAAGGCAAAUGGCACGACGAAUGGGACACAGGAAAAACCGUCCCCAUCUCCGAGAAGAGAAGACAUGAUGGCAGGGGAUGAUCCUUACAACCCGUACAAGACAUCCGAUUCAGAUAAUCCUUACUACAAUUACUAUGAUGUGUACGAGAGACCGCGGCGCAGAGAAAGACCUGGAUAUGGCACAAGGUACCACCAGAACGGUCUCCCUGAUCUUGUGCCAGACGCAUACUACAUUCAAUCCACCGUAUAUGUCCAGAGAGUUCCUAUGUACAACCUCAGAUGUGCAAGCGAAGAGAACUGCUUGUCAAGUUCAGCCUACCGAGCGAGAGACUAUGACACCCGCAUGCUGCUAAGGUUUCCACAACGGGUGAAGAACCAGGGGACAGCUGACUUCCUGCCAAGCAGACCACGUUAUUCCUGGGAAUGGCACAGUUGUCACCAACAUUACCACAGCAUGGAUGAGUUCAGCCACUAUGACCUGCUGGAUUCAGACGGGAGGAGUGUGGCUGAGGGGCACAAGGCCAGCUUCUGCCUGGAGGACAGCUCCUGUGACUAUGGCUACUACAGACGCUAUGCCUGCACCUCACACACCCAGGGUCUGAGUCCAGGAUGUUAUGACACCUACAACGCAGACAUCGACUGCCAGUGGAUCGAUAUUACAGAUGUGAAACCUGGAAACUACGUCCUGAAGAUCAGUGUGAACCCCAGCUAUCAGGUUCCAGAGUCUGACUACAGCAACAACAUUGUGCGCUGUGAGGUUCGCUACACUGGCAACUAUGCCUACGUUUCAGGAUGUUACAUCUCACACUAUUAAGAGAGGGAACUCACCAUUGAAAAGCAAUUCUGUGAAACCUCUUCCACAGCCGAGAGAGCCCCUUGAGCAAUAUGGGUAAAGCAAAAGUUGUAGUUUUUCAAGGGAACGUAAACAAAAACACAGGGGUUCAUGUAUCCCUUAGUUAAACAUGUUUUUUUAAAGCCUUUCUAUAUGUGCAAUGAAAUAUUAAUGGAAUUUAUUUGUUUGUAAUUAUUUGAAAGGAGGAGAGAUACACUAUAGUAUAUCACAUUACAAUAGUUCACACAGGAUUUGACAAGUGUUAAACAAGUAAGUUAAAUUUUAGAGCUUAAAAGCUCCCAAGUUCGAAAUUGCCUGUUUUUAGAUAUUAAUUGCAAUCUUCAGCACCACAUUUUAUCAAAUACUGUACAUCUUCACAUUGCCAGCAGAGUUGAAAACAUUACACACAGAGAUAAUGAUUUUACAACAUUUUAAUUUUCCUCAUCAUUUCAUGUUAUAUUUUGUCAAACAUAUAAUCAAACAUCACCCCCCUCACCCUAUUAUUAUUUACAUUAGCUUGUUAAAGGUUAGUAGCUUAUAUCUUUACAAUUUGAGUUCAAGACCACUUUAUAUUAUUUUUGACUUUUAGAAAUUAGAAAUACAUGCAGCCCACAAAUCAGUUAAAAUCACGGCCAUAAAGUAUUGCCCAUACUGUACAUGUUGUGCCCAUGCUGCAAACCUUUAAUUGUUUUGUGAAAUGCUUGUACUUUUGGUUAGUCUGCUUGCUGUAUAAUUUCUUAUUAUUUGAUAUUUAUGCAAUGAAAUAAGCUCAUAUUACCGCAACUUCUGUAUUCCAGGAAAUCUACUUGAAUAAAUAAUUGUGAUUCAUUGUGA